UUUGAAACAUGCUGGCCAGCUCUGAUGAAGGACUCUCAUGGCGUGAUAAUAAUCUUCAAUCCUGAGCUGCCCAGUCACCUGAAAGAAAUUGAGAUGUGGUACUCCUGUUUCGUGCAGCAGCAGCCACUCCUUGAUAGUCAGUGCCUCCUAGUUGCACAUCACAAGCCAGGCAGUGCGGGGGACACCGAGAACCUGUCCUUGG